CACAAAUCUAACCUCAAAUUUACCAGCUGGCUGUCAGAAAUUUGUUAUGUAAAAAUCUCUUUCAGCAAAAACCUGAAUUAGUUUCGAAUUAAACACAGGAAAAUGGCAAGCAUUAUGCGAAUUUCCUUCAGCAAAAUACCGGCAGCCAAUUCCUGCAAAACGGUAUUGACAAAAAUCAAUAUCCAAGCAGUGAGGACCAUAACGAGUAAGCUGGACGAACUGCCCCCAAAACCGAAACCUUUCGAUUAUAAAAACAAGAUUUUCAAUAUAACCAGGUAUUGGUUUGAUAAGACUUCGGCCAGAUUUGAUGAGAACACCAAGCUCAUUGUUGUCGAAGGGCCUCUCGCAGCAGGCAAAUCGAAAUUUGCCAAAGAAAUCGCAGACGCCUUUGGCAUGCUUUAUUUACCAGAAGCCAACUUGGACAUGGAAUACAUUAACAGAUACGGCUUUGACUUGAGGAAGCUGGAUUCGCAAUUGCCUCCCGAUUGCAGGAGCUUCGAUGUAAUGGACUACAUGAGGAAUCCCAAUCAUAAACUGGUGGCCAGAAUGCAAAUUCAACAAUACCUCGUUAGGUUUUCUCAGUAUAUUGAUGCUUUGGCUCAUAUUUUCAGUACUGGCCAAGGUGUCGUGCUUGAUAGAUGUUGCUAUUCGGAUUUCGUGUUUGCUGAGGCUAUGUUCAGUAGAAAGUUUCUUUCCAGAGCAGCUUAUAAAAAAUACUACGAGUACAGAGAUAACACUAUAAAUGAGCUUCUCAGGCCUCAUUUAGUGAUUUAUUUGGAUGUUCCAGUACCAAAAGUGAUGGAAAAUAUCCAGAAACGUAAUAUAAGUUACGAGAAAAAUUCUCCUGCCCUAACCGAGUCUUAUUUGGAAACUAUGGAAAGGCAUUAUAAGCAGAGUUAUUUGAAAGAUAUGGCUAAACAUGCUGAAUUAUUAGUCUACGAUUGGUCAUUAGAAGGCGACAUGGAAGUGGUAAUCGAGGACAUCGAAUCCAUCGAUUUCAACAAAUAUGAUUACCAAGAUCCCCAAUUGAAAGAUUGGGAAAUGAAUAAGGAAGAGGAUUAUGGCGUAGCUCGCUACAAGUAUGCCACUAGAAAAGAAAAAUUGAUGGCUUUCAGCAAUAUUCCAGAUUAUGAUGUGCCGGAAUUAAUUGUUGGCCCUAUGGAAGCUGAUACUUUCCAUAAAGUUAGGGCUGCGGCUCCUGGAGCAGAAUACGAUUACGGUUACAACGCCAACAUGGGCGACACUGGCUUGCUGUUCAAGUGGCACGCGUUCGAUCGAAGUGAAUUUUUGCCUGCUAUAGAAAGAAGAUCAGUGUAACUUGUUUGAAGAUUCAUUUAUAAUAAAAAGUGUCUAAUUAUAAUUAUGUAUUUGUAAAUAUAUUUUUUUUUUCUUAAUAAAAUAUGUGUAUUAUU